UCUGCCACUACUCUUCCUCCUCCUCCUCCUCCUCCUCCUCUCCCUCCCCCUCCUCUUCUUUUUGUCGUCUCAACCCUUCCAUUGGCGGUGUUUAAGCACUUCGUUCCGUUGGUUGUGUUUUCCUCGCCUACACUAUGAGCUCCCUUGCCAGUGGCCCUGUUGGUUUCCUCCAGUACGGUAUGGACCGUCUCUAUGUCUCCAUUGCGGGCACUGCCGCUCUCGUUUGCGCUCUCGUUGCCAUUGUCCUUCUUGUGGCAUUGCGCAAGAACAGCAAGCUGGAUUCCGACAAAGGAUUCUUCGUCUAUUUGAAAUUUAUUUAUGCAAAUUUCCUGAAACCCCACGCCAGGGGUGCUCAUGGCCAGCAGGAUGCAUUGGAGAGCUUCUACAGGACUCAAGCUACUGUAUACGAUGCUACUCGAAAGCGUCUCCUCCGCGGUCGAGAGGAUAUGCUGGGUCUGGUUGCGGCGCAGCUGAAGUACAAGGUCGAUAACAAAGAGCUGCGUGCUGGAAAGGCCGUCUGGGUUGAUAUUGGUGGUGGAACUGGAUACAACAUCGAAGCCAUGUCCGCAUUUCUUCCUGUCCCGGAAUUUUUUUCCCACGUCUACCUGGUUGACCUCUCUCCAUCACUCUGCGAAAUUGCCCGUCAGCGCUUUGAGCGAUUGGGAUGGAAAAAUGUUAGCGUUGUCUGCCAGGAUGCACGAUCUUUCCGCUUGCCAGAGGAUACCGACGUGGCCCCAACAAAAGAGACUAAAAAGAGCCCCACUGCGGGUGCCGAUGUCGUCACCAUGAGCUACAGCUUGUCAAUGAUUCCUGAUUACUAUACCGUCGUCGACUCUUUGGGCAAGCUGAUCAAAUCUUCCGGACUCCUUGGUGUUUGCGAUUUUUACGUCCAGAGCAUUGUUGAUGUUUCCGCUCGCAACUAUAUCGGAGGUGCAUUUAACCGACACGUCAACUGGUUGGGUCGCGCUUUUUGGCGUGCUUGGUUCGAUGCAGAUCGCGUGAAUCUCGAUGCCGCUCGCCGGGACUACUUGGAGUACCGCUUCGGAACUGUCAUCUCUGCAAGCGAACGCAACUAUCUCCUUGGUGGUAUUCCCUACUAUAUCUUCCUUGGCUGCCAGAAGGAAAUCUCUCCCAACCAGGCGGGCAGCGAUACCCUCGAGAAACUGGAUGCAACUUUCACCGAGUCACCAUACCUCUCUCCUGCUAAUCACCGCGAGGAGAUGGACAAGGCUGUCGUGAGGUCCACUCAGGAGAUUCGGUCCAAGGCAUACGAGUCUGCUGUCAUUAACCUGAGCGCGGAUCUUCCUCUUCCUUCGUCCUUUUACCAGAACCACCACUACCGCAUCUUCUACGACGAUCUCCUCCCCAAACACACACAGUUUAAGAACGAGUAUAUCUAUGCGUUCAAUUGGGAGGAUCCUCGUGUUGACCAUAGGCUGCUGAAUAUUAAGCGCGAUGACGUUAUUCUGGCUAUUACAAGCGCUGGCGACAAUAUCCUAGAUUACCUGCAGAAGAGCCCUCGUCGUGUGCAUGCCGUUGAUCUCAAUCCCAACCAGAACCAUCUCCUCGAGCUCAAGGUCGCAAGUUUCAUGGCCCUCGGCCAGCGUGAUGUCUGGAAGAUCUUUGGCGAGGGAAAACAUUCCGAUUUCCGCCAACUUUUGAUCUCCCGCCUCAGCCCUCAUCUGUCGAGCCAGGCCUUCCAGUACUGGCUUGAACAUACCGAUAUUUUCACGUCAAAGUCUGGUCGAGGACUAUACGAAACGGGUGGUUCGCGUCACGCAAUCAAAAUGGUCCGCUACCUCUUCAAGGUCUUUGGCCUUGAGGGCGAGGUUAAGAAGCUCUGCGAGGCCCAGACCCUCGUUGAGCAGCGCAAAAUCUGGCCUAAGAUCCGGUCUGUGUUGAUGAGCAAGCCUCUCCACUGGGCUGUCGUCGGAACUGAGUGGUUCGCCUGGAAGGCCGCUGGAGUACCUCGCAACCAGCGAAAUAUGAUCAUUGAUGACUUUUACAAGAGGAGUGGAUUGAACAAGGACAUGAAGCAAUCCAAGGAUAUUAGUGGCCAGUCCAUCUGGCAAUACGUGGUGGACACCCUGGACCCUGUGGUUCAGGAAACCAUGAUCAGCAAUGAUAAUUACUUUUAUUACCUGUGCUUACAGGGCAAGUUUUCCAAAAAAUGCCAACCUACCUACCUCUCUUCUCAAGCACAUGUCAAGCUGUCUUCUCCCGGAGCCUUUGACGGCCUCCGAAUUCACACCGAUGAGAUUAACGAAGUAAUUGGACGCAUCACACCUCGGAGCCUCACAAUCGCGGUGGUUAUGGAUUCCAUGGACUGGUUUGAUCCCGAAGGCACAGACGCCGCUGCUCAAGCACGGAAAUUCAACCAAGCCCUGAAGAUGGAUGGCCGAGUUCUUCUUCGCUCCGCUAGCAUCGAGCCAUGGUAUAUCCGCCACUUCGAAGAGAACGGCUUCACAGCCCGACGAGUAGGAGCACGAUUCCCAGGAAGCUGCAUUGACCGGGUGAAUAUGUACGCUUCCACCUGGAUUUGCACCAAGACACAAGAACUGGAACGGCCGGCCCAAGAAAAGAGAUCUAACAGUGUAGAGCACCUCGAGAUCUAAACAACAUCCCCUCCCCUCCUCCCCUCCCCCCCCCCAAAUCCACCUCCCACUUAACCCUUUUGUAAUAA